AUGUCGAAAUACGCGAAUUGGGGCAAAGACGGCGUGAAUGGGGAGCCUUCCUCAAUGGACGUGUUACUGGAGUGGCUAGCGACACCUGGGAACGUUGAAAGGUGGCUGGUAUCAGCUGGGCAAAAGAGUUUCGUGGCAGAAGAAAUCUAUGUGUAUUUCCUGCGUCGCGGCAUCACGCAUCGCAACCGAAGCAGCAUCACCAGCAAGCUCUCGCAUUUCGUGCACCAGUUUGGAGAAGCCGAAGAAUGGCUGAAGCUAAAGAGAUGUAGCCAUUUCGAAGUGAACAGCAAAACACGACGCGAAGUGCUGCAGAUUUGUCCCUACUACAGUGAACUCGCUCCUCUGUUGCGUCCUUCAUGGACGAGAUCCCAUUCUACUAAGACCGACGUCCAACUGGGACUAAAUAUUAAGAUUGCGAGCAGUGACGAUGAAUGUAGUGAUGUUGAAAGUGAAGAUUUAGCUCAUCAGUGGACGAGGAGUGAAAGGGACAGUCUCAAAACAUACACGUUGAAUCCGAAAUGGGACUCGGAUGCCAAGGCCGGGAGACCGUCGUCCCUGGAUGUGGUAAUGGAGUGGCUUGCGAUCCCUGGGAAUGCUUGGCGCUGGUAUAAAUCGUCAGCGAAGCAUGAUGGGUCGCAACACAAGCUGGGCACUGAAGUCUACAAGCUGCUCCUCAGUCGAGGCAUCACGUAUCGUCGUAUUCCCAGUAUAAAAGCGAAGCUGGCGGGGCUACACAGGCAAUUUAUCCAAGCAGAGAAAUGUCUUGAGACUAGAGCGAUACGUCGUUGUCCAGCUAGUGUCGAUGAGAAGACCGAGCGGGAAGUGCUGAGAAUCUGCCCUCAUUACACUAAAAUUGCCCCUCUUCUCCAAUCUCGAAGCAGUGAAGCACAAAUUUUCGACACGACGGAGGAUUCAAAGGGUCAAAGUAGGGGUGACGACUCCAGCAAUAUCCGCGAAUAUGUCGUUCAAGCGAUUGCAAAACGCACGCGAUCCAAGUCUCAGUCUCCGAAAGCCAAGCGUGAAUGGGACUCGGAUAACACUAGUGACGGCCCAACGUCUCUGUUUUUACUGCUACAGUGGCUAAGAGCUCCUGGGAAUGCUAAGCGUUGGCAGCAGUCGGCAGGGAGAGAAGGUGGCGUGCGAGUUGAAUUGGCCAAAGAAAUUCACGGAAUAUUUGUCAGCCACGGUGUCAGACACCGUACCGUUCGAAGUAUUGGGAGAAAGCUUAACCGUUUGGUGCAGCAAUUUGAGGAGGCUGAGGAAUGGCUCAAGAUGAAGGGGCUCCGUCAUUUUGACGUCAGUAAGAAAACGGAAUGUGCAGUGUUGAGGAUCUGCCCGAACUACCGUGAAAUUAAGCCCUUACUACACCACGUUUCUAGCAGCAACACGGCCGCUACGGGCGCAGCAAAGGAGCCUGCGUACCCAAGUAGUUCCGAGGAGACUGAUCCAAACGAAGAUGAUGUCGGUGAUGCUUUUGAAGGUGAAUAUCGAGAUGAAGGCCUUGUCAACUCUAAAUGGAAUUCUGAUGAUGUAAAUGGAAGGCCAUCUUCGCUCAAUGUGCUGCUGAAAUGGAUCGUAACGUCGGGUAAUGCUGCGCGUUGGCAGGAAGCAGCAAGAAAAGCGGACGGGUCGCGUUUGGAACUUGCAACUGAGAUUUACGACCUGCUGUUGACGUACGGUAUCACAUAUCGCACCGCACGUGGCGCUGAAUCAAAGCUUCGGGCGUUGGAGGAGCAGUUUGAUAACGCUGAGAGCUGGCUCAUGCGUAAGGGUAUCCGCCAUUUUCAAGAUACUGCGGAGGCUGAGAGAGCGGUGCUACAGCUCUGCCCGGCUUAUUCAACGAUCGAGCCCGUUCUUCGGUCCGCACAGCUUUCGACAGUGUCCACAACGUCAGGCAACAAGGCGAUUGACAUUAGGUUUAAACCAACUGCUCGCAAUCUAACCCCUAUGCUAUCUGGGUCGAAACGAGGUCGGAACGAGCACACUCAAGAGGCAGGUGGAAAGAAAAUGAUGUCUGUGGUUGCAUUGGAAGCCGAAUCCGACGAGCGCCGAAAGUUUUUCAAAUUUGAGUUGCAAAUCAAGCGUGACGAAGCAGUUUUGGUGCGGGCUAGAGUGAGGAAGGAACUGCUCGAUUUCGGUCUUCCUCGCAGUGACGUCGAUCGACUAUUGCCUUUGUAA